AUUAGUAUCUUCUGGGGAUAUGGGAACUCGUCCCCGCGAUAAAACAAGAUGAGCUCUCCUCUCGCGGGGAAGCCGAAGAAGAGUACAAUCAACUACGGCGCUACACGAGCAGGAUUCGCUGGGAGCUCAUCUAGCUCCUCGUUUUUUCCUCUUGUACCUCCACAGGAGCAUGUUGUUCGUGGAGUUGGGGACGAGAUGCAAGCGUCGUCCUCCACCUUUCGCAUGACAUAUCCGAUCCCGCCUCCGAGAGGGCCGCCAGGAGAGCGCGGAGCAGAUGUUUCUACGUACUAUACUAGAAACACAAGAACGACCACAUUCUCGUCGAGGCUGCCUUCCUCAUCGCCUUUGAAGCGAAGGCGGAGGACGCGACCAGCCUGGGACUACACAAAGCUUCUGCACGAAGCAGCACAGCUGUUGUCGAAUAUCGUUCGAGGACAGGUGAGCGCGAGCGGGAGAACGGGAGCGGGAUCAUCUACAACUAGUUCUACUUCUCCGGUAGUUCUUCUGGAGAGUAACACGACGCGAACUGACCGUGUUGACGCUCCUGACGCGCAGGGAGUAGCCGUCGAAGAAUCGACUGACGGGAAACGACAAAGCAAGAACUACUACAUCAAGCAGCGAAGCGAGCAGAAUCACGACCAUGCCGAUCUCGAGAGCAUUGUCUUCAAAAGUGGUUCGCAAGCAGAGACGUGGCAGCGUUUGCGAAAGUGUCCAGAUCCCAGAGUACAGCACUUCUGCGCGCUUAUUGCGAAAGCUAAGGGGAAAGAAAAUGAUGCAGCGCGAGGUAGUACUUAAUUGGUGUUAGUUAAGUGUUUUGGAUUUGGCUGUUCCUGUUGCGAAAGAAAAAAUAACCUUCCUCGUUCGAUUUCGAAACGUUUCUCUAAUACUCUGUUCAUUCACUGACACAGGUACUAGUACUCAAAACUCAAAAGGCCCGCGAGAAACAGAGCAAACCUAUUUAACGGGAAUUGGAACUACAGAAAUCCAACAUGACCAUGCCCAAGGGGACGACAUGCAGCAAGACGACAACACACACACGUUCAUAGACAAAGACGAUUUGCCCUUCCUGUUGGAGGAGCGUGAAGCGCUUUCACAGGCACUACGGCAUGCACAGAAACGUGCGGAACUAGAUCAACGACAAAAGGAACUUAACGCUCGGUGGCGUCGACUGGAGGCAAGAUGUGAGUCGUGUGAGAAGAUUUCAUCAACAGGAGAUGGUCGACUGGAAGAGAGGUCGUGUGAGAAAUUUUCCUCAAAAACAGAUGGAGGUGGUACUCCUGGUCCUGCUGACGACUUUCGUGGUUGUGCGGUAGAAGUAGAGGGUGUCGUGUCAUCUUCUGCUGCAUUAGCUUUAGAUAAUGAUGCCCAAAGGAGAAGAGCAGUUGAUGCACAACUACCAGAGGAGCAGCGUGAAGGUCAAGGAGAAGACCAAGACACAACUGGCGUACUAGAUGAAGCUAAAGUCGACCAGGACCACGACUUUGAUAUCCGCAAGCUAGUAAGUGCCGAGCUUCUCAAGGUUUCGCUCGAAGUGGAGCGCCGAUGUCUAGAACAGGACAUUCUCCAUCUGAAUACCGAAUUAGAUCGUGAGGAUGUACCGGACCCGGUCGUGCAGCCGGAACUUAGUACAGACGGCCUUCAAGUGGGUGAUGUACAUCAACAUGUUGCGGUUGAAGAUGCUCUACUUGAUCCAGCUGCAACAAAGGACAUUGAGGCCAUCAAUGUCGAGGACGAGAUGCAGAAGCUGAAAGACAACUACGGAAAAAACGAACAAGAAGAAGCCAAUGACAUUGACAACAAGCCAGAAGUGAAGGCUUCAACUUCACCUGCUAUCGCACCUCCUACAUUGUUGCAGCAUGAAGACGGUUGUAACCCCGAGAAGCAAGAAGAGUUCGCUUCCAAAAUAAGUCAGGGGCUGCCAGUGUCGGUGUCCUCUGAAACGAACCCAGACGCAGAGGCGCGAGACAAGAUACGAAGAAGUGAAAGCGCGGAACAACCUUCAGUCCUAGGGGACGAAAUAAAAUCUUUAGUCACCCUCGGCGCAUCUCCUGAGAAACUAACUAAGCAUGAUGAGCUGAAGGCUUCAACCGAGGAAGAUCAUGUCGAUUCGUCCCAGCGAGUGAAGUCGUUAGACCAGAAAGUACCUUCAAACCAAAAUGAAGGUGCAGGGAAUGGAACCCUCUCAUCAAAACGAGCACGCUGUAAACAACGCAGGAGAAAGAGAACAAGAAAAGAGCCGCCUCUUGAGCCGUUGUUACAGACUUUCUUUACCAUUGCGAUUGCCGUCGAUCGUCGCGGCGCAUUGUUGGCGUUCUACGAAGAGCUCUGCAGUUUGCUGGUUGUACAGGAAGAGGCAGACCACAAGCGCACAAGUGGUACGCCACGUCCCAUGGUACGUUCCGCAUAUCGGAAUAGUCGGCUACUCACAUUGAGGCUAGGUUUGGAACUUCAAGGGCAUACUCAAGCUUCCCCAGCAUCUCUGGUGGGGCUUGAUGAAGCGGAAGAAGAAGUCAAGUCAAAGGUACUUGCACAAGUGGAAGAAGAACACGACGUCACAACCCAGCAUCUAGAGCCUUUCCAACGCCUCUGCAGUGCUGCGUUGCAGCUUCUCCACAGAGACAAACAUGGUUGUGACCAGACGACUAGUACAACUAGCUGCUCAGCCGCUUCCUCUUUCAAACUCAUCGACCUCUAUCUUCCACGAGGGUUGAGUCGGUGUUGGGGUACCCGUCGUCCACCUGGAUGGACAGCUGCGGAUUCAUUUUUCCAUAUCGAGGGAGUCUGCUUUUUCAAUCAGGACGAAAACUUUGUGAUGAGGACGGGUGUACGUGUAGAUGAAGAGGAGGUUGCAGGUCACGAUCAUGAUCUGCCUCUUCCUGUUGUUGCUGAAGAUGAGGAACAGGAUGCUGCAAGACAUGUGGUCAACGGGGAGCACCAGCAGCAAAGCACAAGCGAUGGGCUUACUGAGCAACAAACAUCUUCAUCUACUUCAUCAAGCGGCGCAUCAUCUUCUUCUAGCGCCAGAAGGUGUAGUUACACUCACACGCUUUUUUUCCAUCACCAGAAGGCACGAAGAAGAUCUGCGGACAAGGCAUCAAUCGCAAUCGAAAGUACUUCAUCCAGAGGUCAUGAAUAUGACCUCCCCAAUCAUGCGCAACAUGCCGAUCAAGAACAUGAAGAUGAUGAAGAAACACUCCGCAUAGUUGCCGUUCCGUGGCAAGACGCUGCGCAGACAACAUGGAGAUCUGAAAACUGUAGUCAUCCUUUAGUUCCUACACACGAUGACUGGGACCUAUUACAACGACGCGCUGCACUAAUUGUACCUAGGAGACACGCCCACGAAGAAGUAGAACGAGGCCCAUUGAAGACGAAGACAAAGAGCGGAGGGGUACGAUCAGAAUCAAAAAGUAGUGAGAUGAAGAAAACUCACGCAACAUCUUCCAGCUCUUCUAGCAAAGGGGGCUCAAAACACGAAGGUGGCAGAGGACGACGCACUGGAAGAAGUUGUACGUCGAGGAAAAGCACAAGCAGUAAGCGGAGGAAGAAAGAGCAAAGACAGCUGGCUACUUCGACAUCACUCUUACCAGCAAUCUACGACCUGGAAUUGUCGACGGAUGAAGUUUUGUCUCUCAUAGGACGAAGUGCAUCUUCCGCUUUCUCUCCUAGUGCAGCGACCGCCGUUGCAAGCCGUCUUGCUGUUUUGGAUGGGAGGAUGUACGCGUUCCAACAUCUUGAAAGUGGUGGCGGGGCGGGGAACACAAGUCAACAGCGCCGUUGUGACGAGAAGGAUGAUGACAGGGAAGCGUCAUCACCAGCACAUUCCUCUUCGAUAAUCGAAAUCAAGACUCCACCCGCUGUUGUACCUUCAACUUCCCCUUUCCCGGCUGCUACUACCAAUAAAGCGCCGCAGGCGAAAAAUGAACAAAGGAGUCCCACCUAUCAAUUCUUCGUGCGUGCAAUACAAUCUAAUGGAACAGCGCAUAGUACCGAAACACAAGACAGAGACCACGUUUUCGAGGUCUACCUGACGAAACCGACUACGGCAUCUUCAUUGUUGCAAUCCCCGCAAGCAGCAUUUUCAAGUGUCGACUGGUAUCUGACACUACAGCGGGUUGCAGACACGAGCAGCACGUCGAGGACGAGAAGAACUUCUACGCCUAGCUGUGGUGUCUUCGAACAAGUCCCCAAUAGUCCCCAUGCAACAAGUAUCACUACAAUCAACGACGAAGCAAUCGGAAAAAUCGAAAUCAUUCUAGUCAAUGUAGAGAAUGCAGGAGUGCGGGUCAGUCUUGUUCCGACAACGCUUAGCACGUUUCUUUUUGGAGAAGACGCAGAGGUCAGUUUGAAAAAAUCAUUGGUAUCGCCACGGGAGGUGUUGAUUCCCUUUCGUACUGCUGCGACUUCUGAAGAGCAGUCAGUACUAUAUGCGGUGGACGAGGCAACUUCUGCUACUCAUCUAGCUGUUCCAGUAAAAGGUUCCGUGUUUGCCUUUCCGGACCAGAAGAUUCAAGAACGCUCACAUCAUCAUCAACAGCAGCAGCAGCAGCAGCAGCUAGAAACACUGUAUCAAUGUUCAGAGUUGGGCAUUGUCCUUGCGUCUUCGACUUCCUCUACUGGAAGAAGACAGAACAAGAAUUGCAACUCCGCAGCGCCAGGUGUGCUUGAAACAACGUCAACGAGUAUAGCUGGGGAAUUAGCUGCUGUUCUUCAGCUCAGUCAGAGUGCAACUCGUCCUAUCGAGAAGAGAAAAGCUUCGUCCAGCAGUCUUCGCAAACGGGACGAUGCUAAGGCAACACUAAAAUAUCUCGAACACCUCCAGAAACGGUGCUAUCAAAUGUGUCUACGACCGAGAUUCAAAAUGCCGAUCUGCUGCUCCUCAGGGCUGCUAUCUUCAUCUUCACCUAGUCAACAGGAACAUCUCUCUGGUAGUCUCCACAUCUUGAGUGAUCCAGGCAUUGCGUCUGCCCUCUGGAGCGUCUACAAUCUGCAUGUGAUCUUUGUUGUAGAAGUACAAGAAGAACAUUUUGAACAAGAACAUCUUCAACACUACAAGUACAACAGCCCCCAAGAACUACCUCCUCCACGCGAGAACCACGUCGACGGACGACUGUUCUCCCUCUUCCUCGAAGACCGUUCCCUAGUCCACCUGUUGCCGGCAGAACUGCAUUGCCUAGUGCACGAUCCCAGUCGCCGAUGGGACUUGGUGGAAGCAAUUCUCGACAGAUUGGAGCUAGUACAACAGGAUAUGAGGCUCCGUCGCGAUGCGAUUCGAGGUAGUGCUGGUACACAAUUAAGGCUCAAUACAAUUCAUUUCUAUAAGGCCUUUUUCCCUAUUUCCUUCUUGGACUCGGGAGAAAUGUACGCAAGAAAUGAAUCGUUUUGAACUCUAACACAAGAAGCAGCUCUUCUGGAGGCUGUGGCUGACGCUGAGGCUGGUGCGACUAGUAAGAUGACUCCACUCAUCGACGACGCGGCAACUUCGGCAGGAGACCAUCAUAGAAGCGACGUUGAACAAAAGGAACCCGUUCUGCUUCAUCGCGCAUUCUACAGAGCGGAGAAUCCUCGUCUUGGAACUAUACUCUUCCCACAAUGCGAAUUGUCAAUUUACAAACUGGUCUUCAUAUCAGGAGCGUCGAACAAAUCGGUCAUGUACAGGGUACAAAUCAAAAUAGCACAGGAGCAGAGGCGGGAGGAUCAAGAACAACACCUAUCAACGCUACAUUUCGAACUUCCCUCUCUAGACAUCAAGAAAGAUCAGGAAGCAGACACUGUGACCCAGCACGUCCUCACUCACUUGGUCGUGUCUAAAGACUCUAGUACUAGUACUAGUAUGACCUUCCUGCAACUACGUCCACCAGACGAAGACGAUAUUUUGGAUCCUACAUGUACUGGCAGACUAGCAGUGGUGAAGGACGAGGAAGGAGAAGCAGGAGACGAGAAGCCAGAUUCUACUGUCGACGUUGCAGUAGAUGAGAUCACGGCGAUGCUGGAUAGCCUUGUCGCGUCGGAUUCACCAACAACACCCGAUGACCCUGUUGUUGAUCACCAGUUUGCGUUUGUCACUGAAUGUGAUAAAGUCGUGGCCGCACGGGCUACUUUCAUGGAGACUCUCACCACCUCAUCAAAAGCGGCUUCGAGUUCACACAUUGCCGAAGAACCUGAUCUUCAGACGCCAAUGCUGUACUGUAAAACAUUCGACUCAACACGCAACGACGACAAGAACUCAUCCUCAUCUUCUUUCUCUUCGCCUGACGAAGGAGCCUCGUCAUUUCGGACCGUAGAAAUUUUCGAUUUGCCGGCUGCUCCUGCCGCAUCAAAGAAAGAAGUUGUAGACCAGCACUUGUUGGUACAAAAUCGGGCUUCCUACCGUGUCCGCGUUGUCUCACUACUAGAAACCAGGGAGAAGAUCGUCACAACGAAGGAAUUAGAGGCAUGGCUGUCGAACUCUCCAGAGGAGGCGGACCUUUUAGAACCGUGUCGUGAAGCAGAGCUUUUGAGUCUUGUUGCAGAAAGAGCGCGCUUGACACCGGAUCGCUCAGCUGUGCGCCUACUGCCGCAUUGCUGGAUGAAGGGGGGCUAGUCGUUUAGGGUAAAACGGAAAGAAAUUUGCUGUUGUUCAGCUUGUUCGAUGAAUACUUUCAUUUAUUUCAAGUUCAAUUGUAUAAAUGCUUGGACGAUUCAGAUUCUCACUUUCAGAUUCAUCAGGAGUAGUUCAAAUCUCGUAGCAGCUGUAUUCACUGGUUGUUCAAUUUCAAUGUCUGUUCUUUUCCAAAUGCAAUUCUAACAUCAGUAAACAUCGAAAUCCAUUAAGCUUUUUCUAGUUCGUAUCCGUCUAGGUAAAGUCCGUGAGUCGAGUAUAUGCAACCAUUUUUAAUCUAAGUCGUGCAAUUGCAAAAAACAGGUGUUACAUCUGUAGUGCAUAAAAACCUUUUGAAGUCAAGAAAAGUGUCCUCGUCAGUUAGAAGUACCUAGCUGAUGUGUUGCAUGCAUUUCUCUUGAUAAAGCUGAUCCUGAUCGAUACAGCAACAUUUCUCGCUCCAUUUAUUUUAUGUUUAUUGACGUUUGUCUUUAUCUUUUCCUAAGCGUGAGCAAUAUCCAAAACUGACCUACCUCAAAGCGCAACUAGCGGGCACUGCGGGCGAGCCUGCAAUGGAUUACGCUCAUGUGACUUGUAGUGGUGACAAGGAGAUGACUAUCUUCGUCUUCAUACACAGUCACAAGACUCACUGACGGUUACAUUCGUGAAAUCAAAACUGGUGUGGUUCCUGGUAUGAAAUAACGAACCGAAAC